AUGAGGGAAAACAUCAAGUAUAUGGCGGCGGUUAGUGUAACGAACAUCUUCCUGGUGAACCUGUCCGUCGCAGACCUGCUGGUGACGCUGUUCUGUAUGCCUGUACAGAUCGCCAAAUCCGUCACGCUGCUCUGGUACUUCGGAGAGGUCAUGUGCAAGACUGUCAACUUUUUACAAGGGGUAGCAGUAGCGUCAUCAGUGUUUACAAUCACAGCCAUGUCCGUGGACCGGUACCUGGCCAUCACGCAGUCGCUGCGCCAACCCUGGAUGCCCUCGAGACGAGGAGCUUGCAGUCUUCUCGCCUGCUUGUGGCUGAUAUCUCUGGCCAUAUUCGCCCCGCUGCUGGCGGUAGCUGCUGUGGAAAGGGAAAUGGUGCCCAUGCUUGCUAGGACGAAGAAUGGAUCGGUGAGGCCAAACAGUUAA